AUGUUGAGACUUUUUGCUCAACCACCGGCUCGAGGCCUUGCCCAAAGUCGCCGAUUUGUUAUACCUAUUGCAGUUCAUCGCUGCAGCCACAGACGGAAAUCAGAUUACUCAAAUAGAUCAUAUCAGAAUCCGGAAUCACAUCUCCAAAACGUUAGCGAGUCACAACCUCAACCUUCUGGCCCUCGAACGAAUGAAGACAGGCUCAUCACAUUAUUGCCGCCACGGCCUAGGAGAAUCGUCGUGGGUAUUACAGGGGCUACGGGUACCAUCUAUGCGAUCAGGAUGCUUGAGAUCAUGCGACAGCUCGGCAUUGAAACUCAUCUUAUCAUCAGUAAAUGGGCACUUGCAACUCUCAAAUACGAGACAGAUCUGUCAGAGGCACAUAUUCGCAGCUUAGCGCAUGCUACUUAUACAGCAAAAGACCUAUCCGCACCUAUAGCCUCAGGCUCGUUUCAACACGAUGGCGUAGCCAUUGUUCCUUGUAGCAUGAAGACGUUAGCGGCGGUACGAAUCGGCUUCUGUGAUGAUUUGAUCUCUCGUGCUGCGGAUGUGAGCCUCAAAGAGGGCCGCAAGGUCUUGAUCGCUGUACGAGAAACACCGCUGAGCGACAUACAUCUCGAAAAUAUGCUCGCAUUGAGGCGUGCUGGUGCAAUCAUUUUCCCUCCUGUCCCUGCCUUCUACACUCAGCCUAAAAGCCUUGACGAGCUUGUCAAUCAGAGUGUGGGCAGAAUGCUAGACUCCCUAGGCAUCUAUAUCAACAAUUUCCAUCGAUGGAACGGUUUCGAGAAACAAAAUAAAAACAAACUCCCUCGCAGUGUCUCUGCGGAUCCUUCACUAAAUUACUCUCAAGUCUCUAAUAUGAGAGCGAAGCCUGAGAAGCAACCAGACCAUAGCACCAACAGCACUGACUACACUGAAUUACAUAAUGACGGACCGCUACGUUAUGCUAGCGGAUGA